GCCACGAUGGAGCGGGAAGGCUGUGCGGGGGGCGGGAGCGGCGGCGGCGAGGGCGGGCGCGGUCCCCGGGCGGAUUCGGCGGGGAACGGCCGCCACCCGGGCCGCAGCCACGCUGCCGAGGCGCCGGGGGACCCGCAGGCGGCCGCGUCCUUGCUCGCCCCCAUGGAUCUGGGGGAGGAGCCGCUGGAAAAGGCGGUGCGCGUCCGCACGGCCAAGGACCCCAACACCUAUAAAGUGCUGUCGCUGGUAUUAUCCGUCUGUGUGUUAGCAACAAUCCUUGGUUGUAUAUUUGGGUUGAAACCAAGCUGUGCCAAAGAAGUUAAAAGUUGCAAAGGUCGCUGUUUUGAGAGGACAUUUGGGAGCUGUCGUUGUGAUGUUGCUUGUGUUGGCCUUGGAAACUGCUGUCUGGAUUACCAGGAGACGUGUAUAGAACCAGAACAUAUAUGGACUUGCAGUAAAUUCAGGUGUGGUGAGAAAAGGUUGUCCAGAAGCCUUUGCUCCUGUUCAGAUGACUGUAGGGACAAAGGUGACUGCUGCAUCAACUAUGGCUCUGUGUGUCAAGGUGAGAAAAGUUGGGUAGAAGAAACAUGUGAGAGCAUUAAUGAGCCACAGUGUCCAGCAGGGUUCGAGACACCUCCUACCCUCUUACUUUCUUUGGAUGGCUUCAGAGCAGAAUAUUUACGCACUUGGGGUGGACUUCUUCCUGUUAUUAGUAGACUAAAAAACUGUGGAACGUAUACUAAAAACAUGAGACCAGUAUAUCCCACCAAGACUUUCCCCAAUCACUACAGCAUCGUCACGGGACUUUAUCCAGAAUCACAUGGCAUAAUUGACAAUAAUAUCUAUGAUCCCAAAAUGAAUGCUUCCUUUGCAAUUAGAAAUAAAGAGAAAUUUAAUCCAGAGUGGUACAAAGGAGAACCAAUUUGGCUCACAGCCAAAUAUCAAGGCCUGAAGACUGGUACAUAUUUUUGGCCAGGAUCAGAAGUGGAAAUUCAAGGAAUUCUCCCAGACUUCUAUAAAGUGUACAAUGGUUCAAUACCAUUUGAAGAAAGAAUUUCAGCUAUUCUUAAGUGGCUGCAGCUUCCUGAAGGUGAAAGACCACACUUUUACACUCUGUAUUUAGAAGAACCAGAUUCUUCAGGUCAUUCAUAUGGACCAGUCAGCAGUGAAGUCAUCAGAGCAUUACAGAGGGUUGACACCAUGGUUGGCAUGCUGAUGGAUGGUCUCAAAGAGCUGAACUUGCAUCGAUGCCUGAACCUCAUCCUUGUUUCAGAUCAUGGCAUGGAAAAAGGCGAUUGUAAGAAAUAUAUAUAUCUGAAUAAAUAUUUGGGAGAUGUUAAAAAUAUUAAAGUUAUUUAUGGACCUGCAGCCCGAUUGAGGCCCUCUGAUGUCCCAGAUAACUACUAUACAUUUAAUUAUGAAGGCAUUGCCAAAAAUCUUUCUUGCCGGGAACCAAACCAGCACUUCACACCUUACCUGAAGCAGUUCUUUCCCAAGCGUUUACACUUUGCCAAUAAUGACAGAAUUGAGCCCUUGGUAUUCUAUUUGGACCCUCAGUGGCAACUUGCAUUGAGUCCUUCAGAAAGGAAACCUUGUGGAAAUGGAUUUCAUGGCUCUGACAAUCUAUUUUCAAAUAUGCAAGCCUUAUUUAUUGGCUAUGGACCUGGGUUUAAGCACGGCAUUGAAGUUGAUACCUUUGAAAAUAUUGAAGUCUAUAAUUUAAUGUGUGAUUUACUGAAUUUAACACCUGCUCCCAAUAAUGGAUCUCAUGGAAGUCUUAACCACCUUCUGAAGAAUCCUGUUUAUACCCCAAAGAAUCCCAAAGAAGCCCACCCUGUGGGAAAGUGCCCCUUUGCAAGAAACCCCAGAGAUAACCUUGGCUGUUCUUGUGAUCCCUCGAUUUCACCAGUUGUGGAUUUGCAGACACAGCUAAAUCUCACCAUGGCAGAAGAGAAGGUUAUUAAGCGUGUCACUUUACCUUAUGGAAGACCCAGAGUUCCCCAGAAAAACAGCACAGUGUGUCUUCUUUACCACCACCACUUUGUGAGUGGUUACAGCCAUGACAUCCUAAUGCCCCUUUGGACAUCCUACACCGUCGACAGAAAUGACAAUUUCUCUCCAGAAGACUUUUCCAACUGUCUUUACCAGGAUUUCCGAAUUCCCCUUAGCCCUGUCCAUAAGUGUUCAUUUUAUAAAAAUACCCCUAAAUUGAGUUACGGGUUCCUCACCCCACCACAACUAAAUAAAGGUUCAAGUCAAAUAUAUUCUGAAGCAUUGCUUACUACUAAUAUGGUGCCAAUGUACCAAAGUUUUCAAGUUAUAUGGCGCUACUUCCACGGCACCCUCCUGCAAAGGUAUGCUCAAGAAAGAAACGGCGUCAAUGUUAUCAGCGGCCCCGUGUUUGACUCCGAUUAUGAUGGACGUUACGAUGCAUCAGAGACUCUGAAGCAGAACAUCAGACUCAUACGUAGUCAAGAAAUUCUGAUUCCAACUCACUUCUUCAUUGUGCUAACAAGUUGUAAAAAUGCAUCCCAAACUCCCACACAGUGUGAAAAUUUAGACACCUUAGCUUUCAUUUUGCCUCACAGGACUGAUAACAGUGAGAGCUGUGUGCAUUGGAAGCAUGGAUCCUCAUGGGUUGAAGAGCUGUUGAGGUUACACAGAGCUCGGAUCACAGAUAUUGAACACAUUACUGGACUCAGCUUCUAUCAAGAAAGAAAGGAGCCAGUUUCAGACAUUUUAAAAUUGAAAACACAUUUGCCAACCUUUCACCAAGAAGACUGAUAUUUUUUAUUCCAAAAAUGUACCAUACAUCUUUUUGAAAGAACCUUCUCUUUUAUACAGUUCUUUUUGUUCACACUAUUGCAUUGUUCAGAAACUGUCAACCAGAGUUAGAGCCGGGAAUCUUCUGUGAUAUGACCAUCUCAGGGAAACUUGUGGCCUCCGUAUAGCAGUAGUUGUCUCGCACAUGUUUGAAUGUGUAAGAAUUGUUCCAAUGUGGGGAAUAAAGAUACACCAUACCUAAAACUGCUCUUCUACUUCUCUGAAGGACAGAAGUACCUGUGAACAUUGUCUGGACACCAGAUAUUUGAAUCUUAUUAUCAGUUUUAAGCUUUUAUGGAGCUGGCAAACACCAAACUAAUGGAUAGGAUUGGAAUAGUCCACAUUACAUUAGUAUGUAAAUAAGAAUUUAAGUAACUGUAUUCUUUUUAACUGGGAGUUGCAUUUAUUUUUAAUCAAAAAAAUGGAUGGAAGCAAAAAUAUUUGUGUCCCUAUUUCUAUAUUCUAUACAUCCCCCCUCAGAAGCCAAAUUAUGCAAUCCUGUAUUUUUUUAUAUUGUGACUUAGUUGUUUGUGUUUAAUGGCUCUAACAAGCUAAAAUUUGACAGAUAUGUGAAUUGAGAGUAUCUACCUGUUAUAAAAUUUUAUUCUAUAUUUGUACAAAAAAAUCUCCAUCCUGCUCACUGAUAAUUAUUAACAUAGGUUGAAAAUACCUCUUAAAGUGCUUAUUUUAGACUGCUCAAAAUGUGUUUUAUCUUGGCAAAACUUCAAAGAACUUGUCAACACAUGCAAGGUGGCAUUUUUUGAGAUGGUAGGAAUGUUUUCCUCUGUGCACAAAAAUGACCCUACCAGAGUAGAGUGAGCUAAGCUGUUCAUUUUGAAGUUCCAUAGAUUUGAAAAGAACCCUUCGUAUCUUUAAGGUGGUUGUGAUAAUUUAACCUGUUUUUCCCACUGCACAGGCUAUAUCCUUUAGUCCCGUCCUGUGGACCUUCAAAAGCAACCUUUGCUGUUAGACUACCUGGGUCUGAUUUCGGUGUCAUAUUAGUAUACCAAAGUUGUAUAUUUAUCCUCCAUUUGACCAUUUGAUAGUUAUUCUUCAACAGCCUUGGGACCACAAUGACCUUUAGAUAAUGUGGUUUGCGCCAGAGAAUAAUUUAAUGAUUUAGAAAGUCUCAUUAGUUUUUAUUUUAGUCCCGUAAGUCCCUGAAGGUUCAUAUAUUUUUUUUUGUCUAUUUUCUCUCUGUUGUUCAGAUUGGGUAAUUUCUGUUCUGUCUUUAAAUUCACUGAUUACUUCCUCUGUCUAAUCCGUCUGCUCUUGAGCCCAUCCAUUGGCUUUUAUAUUUCAGUUAUUGUAUUUUUUACUUCUAAAAUUUCCAUUUGGUAGUUUUUUAUAUCUUUAUUUUGUUUGCUGAGAAUUUUUAUCUCUUUGCUGCUGCUUUCUCUUUUUUUAGUUCAAGCAUGUUCAUAAUUGUUCAUUGAAGCAAUUUUAUGAUGGCUCCUAUAAAAUCCUUUUCAAAUAAUGCCAAUGUUGAGAUGAUCUGUGUCAUCUCAACAUUGGCACUGUUGUCUUUUUUUUUUCAUUCAAAAAGAUUUUCCUGGUUCUUGGUAUGCUGAGGGAUUUUCAUUUGAAACCUGGAUAUUUUUGGUAUUAUGUUAGGUGGCUGUGGAUCUUACUUAAACCCAUUUUAGCUGAAUUUCUCUAGCAUCUGGCAUCACCCUGGCAGGAGAACUGUGGGCACUGCCUGGGUAGUGCCAUGUGUGGCUAGGACUUCAUGUUCUCCACUCAGCUUCCAUUUACACUUGGGAUGAUAGGGUACCCUCCUUGCUGCCAGGCAGGGUGGGAAUUCAACUCUUCACCAGGCGUCUGUGAGGCUUCUGUGGCUAGGAGUUCAGGGUGCCUUUUUACUACUUCCACAUGCUUUCCACUGACACUAUGGACAGGAGUGGGGGCAAGGCCUUAUUAUGACCAGGUGGAGAUGAAAUCCCAGUUCCCUAGUCAGCCUUCUCUGGCACCACCCUGGCAGGAAGUUAGGGCACCUCACUGCAGCCUAUCAAGGCCAGAAGUCCUGGCUCCCACCUGACCUUCGCUGGUGUGAGUGGGGCUAUUGUAUUUUCUGUGGUGUUUGCUGAGGUGGAGCAGUUCUUGUUUUCUCUCUGGGCUACUGCCCUUCUGGUUCUGGGCUGGGGAGAGAGCAGGCCUUUGUGGGGCUUUUUCUCCAUCUGCACCUGUCAGUGUUGCUGGGUUUCCAGCUUCAGCUCCAAAUCUGGGGUAUAUGAACUGAAAAGCAACCUCAGGAACUCCUCACAGUGUUGUUCCUUGGGUCCUGGCAUCCCUAGCUUGUCUGCCUUCUCGCUACCUUUCAAAAUCUUCCUACGUUUGUUUCAUAUAUAACAUCCAACCUUCCCAUCUGCAUUUGGCAGAAGAUCUACUUUGUAGACAGGUCUCUUUGAUUUUUCUGUCUUCUUCAAAACACAUACAGACACGUGAUUCCUCUAAGUAAAGCAUUUUAACAGAUCUUAAUUAAAUGGAUAGCUGCCUCUCCCCUUUGCCAGACACCAGGAAUACAAAGCAAGUUCUAACAUCCCUUGGAUGGAUACGUUUUUGGCAUUCUCUCACUGCUACUUCUGAUAUUUCUGUAAGUGUCACUGUGACCAACUUAUGAAAUACAAUGAUACCAUAUUUCUUGCUUUGUUAUAAUCUCCUUUCUUAAAGGAAAUAUCAGACUGUAAUUGCUAGCUGACUCUUGAAAGCAAAAGCCAUCCUCAUCGGUUCCCAUGUAGCUCUUUUCUUCAGUUGCUAUCAUGCACUGAACUUUCUUUGUCUUCAAAGAGACCCCCUCCUUUUACUAUUUCAUCAACUUAAAAAUAUGACGUCUUCACUUCCCAAAUUUGAAUGGUAAAUUCAUGUGACUAUAUAUGGAAACACCUUUAUAUUACUUUCUUCAAUAAAGGCUAUUCUUUGCUUUUGAAAUGCAAAGCAAAACCUUUUCUGGGGGUUUGUAUCCCCAAUAUUGCUGUCAUGCUUUGAUCAGUACUUCAUACAAUGAGGUAAGUAACUGCCUUACCUUCUUAUCUGCACUUAGCUAAAGGAGACACAGUUUCAUAACUAAGUCACUUUAUUCAUAGCAGAGCAAAGAGCCAGGUGGAACUUAAAAAUAUUUCCAAGUAUCAGAGAAAAGAGGACAAGUGGUAGGGGGAAGAAGGUGCAUGCUCAGGUUCCAGCAAGAUAAGCAGAUAUGUAGAAAGGAUGGAUAGGCCAGCUGGCCUGGCCCUGUUUAAGGAGAUUAGACAGACGUGGUUGGAGCUGAGACCACCUGCUCCUCCAGGAGAGGCUGUUAGCCCCCUUUCACUUUUUUCUAUCACAGCUACAAUAACUGUCCUGCCCUGCUCUGGGGCUAUGUACUUAUCUACAAUCAUAACUGACAUUUGAACUUUGAAACCAAAUGUGGUGAUUAUACUUCAUGCCAAAAUCUAUCAUAGGAAUUUGGCAUGUGGAUGCUUUCAUAAGCAUUAAGUAAAAUGUUAGUAUGACUACCAUCCAAGGACAUUUUCCCUGAUUCCUGACCAGUCUAAAUAUUCUAAGGGAGAAAAAAAAAAAU